AUGUCUGAAGAACCCUCGGCAUCAACGACUGAACAGCCUUCAACGCCAACGCGAGGAAAAAGAUAUCGCCCAUUUUUUACAGUCAAGGACUUUGUAAGUUCUGAAGUAAUUACUGAUGAAGAUACCAGUAGUGAAAUAACUUCUUCUCCAUCGUCAUUUUUUCCAUCUGAUCUGAUGAAUAUACCUGUUGGAUAUAUUUGUAGAAUCGAGAUGUGCAAGCUGGAAUGGGUUCCUAAUAGUCCUCUUCCUAUUCCAAAUUCUCACUUUGCUGACUUGGUAGAUGGCGCCAAUAAUAAAGCCAAUGAGAAUCAAUUAUUCCCCACGGAUUAUAUAACCCGUUUAUAUGCCUCCUCUAUCUUUAAGACUGAUAACCCCUUCUUGGUAAGUGAGGACAAGGAUGAUGAUGAUGAUACUGGUCUGCCGUCAAGAAUCAAGUCAAAAGGAUCAGAGAUAAAUCUUGUUGCCUCGUCUGUUUCUACCUUUUGGAGUCCGUUGUUCUCCGCUCAUGACCAAGUACAAACUGAGUUUGAUGCCACUUCCUGGAUAUUCAAACAACAAGAUGAUAGUUUUGAUGCAAAUUUACUCCCUGACAUCAUAUUUAAUUAUCAGCAACAAGAAGAGGUUGUAGCGAUAGGUUGUGGAGAAAUAAAGAAGCCAGGUGUCUCCGAAGCCUUACUUAACGAAGAUAAGAUGCGUGUUUUGGAAUAUGAAGCAGUGACCUUUGGUGUUCUUGUGCAAGGUACAACGGUCAUGCUUCUGGAGAUAAAAAUGGAUCUUGAGAAUGGUGUAUACAUGUAUCAUGAGCCGCAACCAUUCCCCCUACCUACUAGGCAUAAUGCUCAUACACAUUUACAGAUUGCUUUAGAGGCCAUCAAAAAGUUGAAGGGCCAAAUGUUGAAUUCACUUCCGAAAGUAAAAUGUCAUGAUAGUUAG